AGUGAACUCUACUACGUUACUACAUAAUCCAAGGAUAGUUUUUUUAGUAGAAAGACCAUUCGAGAAUGAAAUUUCUUCCAAAAGUUUCCAUCCCAUCGCACACCCCAUUCGAAGCCUUGCAACGAUUUGCCCUACUUUCGGAAUGGUUGUAUCCUCAAUUCAUAACGUGGAACAGGGUGACCUCCGUGGCGACGGUGACCCCCAGAAAAUAUUUGGUCAAGUCGUACGCACUUACAGUCCUCCUCGCCUUGGCAGACGUGGACAUAUUCGUCUUCUGUUUAACACAGCUAAUGUCGCAGGUCAAGGAUCCCGAUCUCAAAAUCCCUUCCGCAUUCGUUAUGAAUGCGUGCGUCUUGAGUUUCACGAUCGCGGUUGCCAUAAGUGUUACUUAUAUCUUUAAGUCGGACCAACUUUGCUUCAUCCUGCACAGCCUGACCAAGAUGGAAGUCGUGAUCAAUGAUAAGAAUCGUGAGCAAGUUAAUGUGACAAUUUAAAUGUUUUAAAAGUUAUUGGGGGUAUUCAUUACGAGCCCGUAUCGGUAGCAACAUUAUCAAAAACAUAGUUCGCAAAAAAGACUGGCUGGGAAAUUCAGAUUUUUCAAAAUUAUGUUGCCAUGCGAACAUAAAAAAUUGUAAUGAGUACCCCAUUUAAUGUACAUGGUCUUCAUCAAAAUUCAAAAUCAAUAUGCCUAAUUAAUUAUUUUUCGCCUACUAUUAUUUUAGGAAACAAACUACACCCUAUCGGCCUCCAUUUACACGGUUUAAUUGCCUUCGUGAUAAUAGGUUCUAUCAUCCUAUUUUUUCUGCCAAUGCUCAUCAAUGAUUUGGACCCGACUUAUUUUUGGUUUAGAAAUGUGACCCUUUUUCACCCAAUUUUAAAGCGUCUAUUCCGAUCUGUACUAUUAUCACUAUUAUGCACACACACAUUUUUAAUGAAUUUCGGUACGCUAAUCCUCUCCACGUAUGUGGCUGUCAUUCUCAUACGAGUUUUAAAGCCAAUGACGACUCGAGCAACUUGGGGGGCUGUUUCCUUCACAUUUUCUCAACUGGCGAAGAACUAAACCACUUUGGAAAAACAUUUGUCAAAAUAUCGUCAGCUGUGCAUAAUGAUUACAGGAAUUAACCAAUUUUAUUACUACUUUCUGCCAAUUGCGGUAGGAUUAUCGUGUGUAACGGUGGUUGAAAUGGUAUGCAUAGUGGUAAAAUUUUGGCCAGAACUACCAAUUUUAGUCACCGCAGUGUGCGCCACGGAUGCCGUGGUAUUGAUCGGAAUGGUCGUCUUCUUGUUUCCAAUGUUGGUCACGGUGAAUUCAAAGUCGGAGAAAUUUAUACGAUUAUGGAAAGUUGCGGUGUGUUCGAGAUAUUGGGGGCGGAAGUUGAGCAGUUGUCAGACCUUGAAGAUUAGUAUUGGUGGGUUUGGAUAUAUGAGUAAGGGGAUACGAAGGACGCUGUUGGCUGAAAUGCUGGAUUAUACAAUGUCCCUGCUGGUAUCUUUCUGAAUUUGAGACUUCUUUGUGAACAAAGUACUUAUUUGUUGAUUUAGAUAGCGUACUCAAGUCAAGCUUCGCAUAUCUUGCAAAUUGAGCAUAGGUAUGUAGCAACAUAGCUUGCGAAAUUUGUGACAUUUCGCAAAACUUUUGCUGGAAAACUGUGGGAUUAUUUUUUUGCACAUUUACCUAGCAAAUCGGCAUUUUCUUAUUUCGCAACAUUACUUCGCAAACUCAUCCUCACCAUCAGCAGCAAGAAAAAUUUCAGAAAUCUCUGGGAACAACAUGAAAAUAUGCAGUUGUUUUUAUUAUCCAUAUUGAUGAAUCACACGGACAAAUUUAAAAUAUUUGUUUAUCCAAUGUGGAUUUUUUAAUUGCUUCAUUUCAUUUUCAUGAGUAGUGUGUAAAAUUUGCUAGAUGUAGCGAAUCAUGUUCAAAUUUCUUGGUAGAUUGUCUAUCCUUCAAUUUCAUUUAAAACACAUCUUGCAGUUAAUGAUACGGACUAAAGAUACAUAAACAAUAUAAAAACUGCACUCUGAAUUUAGCAUAAGCAUGUGGUCCAUGUUUGCAUUAUAAUUGUAAUUAUCCGAAGUAAUACGGAAUCUUGAGGUAUUAGUCAAUUGGUAGUUGUCUCCUGACAAGGCCCAGCUCCCAUCUAUAUAAAACACAUAAAAAGAAAAGUGUGCCAUGCAUGCCCGGGCUAGUAUAUCACCUCACAGUCCAAAACACAUUUUCGAAUGAACAAUCGGGUGGGUGGGUGAGGCGCUAAUACCUCAAGAUUCCGUAUUACUUCGGAUAAUUACAAUUAUCCGUCGUCCGGCGCUUCGCGCCGUCCUCGGAUAAUUAUCAAUUAAUCCUACAGUAUACUCCAUCUAUCGGUAUUAGUCAAUUGGUAGUAAUUCAAAGCUUCAUGAGAAAAUGCUACACAAGUAAUUAUGAAUACAUGUUUAAACCAACAUUUAUUAUAAUAUUUAUAUUAAAUAUAAUCAGCCAUUCAAUACAGCAUUUGCAAAUUCGUGAGUGUUUAUAAUAGGUCUACGAUAAUGUUUAGCAAAAAAUUAAUAGUUAUUACACCAACCAGCAGCUUUAUAAAUAGAAUCAACACAAACUCCUCGUUCAUGAGCUUUAGAGGUAGAAGAAUGACGAAAACUAUGAUCUGAGUAUACAUUAAUAUUAGUACCGGACUUAUUUAAUACUAUUUUAAGCCAACGACUAAGCGUAUCUCGAGAAACGGCCCCAUAAGGGGUUCGUGUAGAAAUAAACAGUUUAUCUGUUUUCCGUACCUCUUAGUUUUAGCUUUAUAACAUUGCAACGUUUUAACUACACAUAAGUCAAGAUCUAAAAAAUUAGGUAAGGAUAAAAUUGUCAUACUACCUGGCUUUCUAGACUUUAAUUUAUCAUAAAGUACGAUUUCACAUGAAACACUUAUAAGGUUUGCACCCGAUUGUUGGUCAGGGCCAACAAGGCCACUAACUUAUGUGACAAAUCAAUAAUCUUUCAUUUCGAAUUCUCCCAUAAAUUUUUACAAAAGAAGCACCCAGUUAGAGUUCCAUGUAUAUUUUGGUUUAGGGGGUCACCUGUUCGCAACCCCUUUAAUAGGCGACACACCACGGGAUGAGUCCCCAUAAUUUGCCCGUCAACUUUCUCUAUCCUUGUAGAAAGACAAGAUCUCAUUGAAUUAAUUGAGGUAUACCCUAAUCCUUCGUCACGAAGUUUUGCAAGAAUUGCUAAAAUACUAUUAAUUGAAGGCCUCCAAACUGGGAGAUUGUUAAUGGUACAGUAUUCCGUCCAUUUUUAAAAAUUUGAAGAAUAUUGUUUCCAGGUUGAAUUCUGGUAUGAUGAGUUUAUUACGUUCUCGGGGUACUGGUCGUUUUGCCACAUAAAAUUGCUGCCACGAGAUUCAUUUUCCUGCACAAGGGAUGAGAAGAAUCAUCAUAAGGUGAUUUUAAAUCAAUAAUUUGCAUGUAAAACCAAAAACUUUGGAUUUUAGAAAUUUCACAAAUUCAGGAUACCAUGCCUGAGUACACCAGUUUGGAAAGACUACGAUGCCAGUUGCCCUUUCCUGUUUUAUUUUAUUUAUUGUACGCGAAAUCUGAUAAAGGGGGGGGGGGAAAUGCAUAAAAAUAAUAUUCAAGGAUUUCUGAUCCAAAGAAUUAUCCUUCUUAUCAAUCACUUCUCUGGAUUGUUUGUCCGCUAUAUAAUUCUGCGUACUAAAAUAUUGCAAUUAGAUGAACUCGAGCAUAAUGAUUUUAACCCAUUAAUCACUGCAAUCAAUUCAAGUGUAUUUAUAUGAAGAAGCUUUUCCUCUGUUGACCAGAAACCCCGUGUAACUUGUGACUCAGUGUGGGCACCCCAAACCAGUGGUCAACGUCAAGAUAAAGCUGACCGAUCUUACAGUUUCAAAAGAGUUUGGCAACUGUCUCUGCCACCACUGAAUGUCUGCUCGACAUUGUGAAUUUAUUGUGCAUUCUCCAUUAUAAUCGCCAUUACACUGAAUUAAUGCUGCAUUUCUCAGCGAUUCUAAACUUGACCUAUUUACCUAUGUAAGUAGUCAUAAACCUUCUCUUUCUUAAUAAUGCCACUAUUGGUCUAAAUAUCUUAGUAGAAAGUCUUGGAGCACAUGCAAUUUCAAAGGCAAGGCAAGUAAAUUGGUACAAAUUACAUUCAAAUUCAAAUCUUAAAAAUAUUUGUGCACCGGAAUGGCAUGAUAAGCAACCGUUAGGUCUAAAGUUGCCAUCCAACAAUUAUUUUCUAUAAUACUUAUAACUGAUUUUAAAUUUUCCAAUUUAAAAUGAGGAGAUAUAAUAUACUCAUUCAAAGAUUUAAGAUUAAUCACUAAUCGGUAAGAAGUGGGCUCCUUCUUUGGGACAAGAAAUAUUCUUGAAACAAUUUGACCUUCGCAAGGCAACACUUUAACAACUGCACCAGUAUCUAAUAACGUUAGUACACAUUUUGUCUUUGUAAUUUUUUCCCAACUUUUAUAAAAUAUAAACUUAAUUUUCUUGCCCUGCUUACAUUUACUGGUCGACACAAUGGUCUUCAUGGUCUGCUCGGAAAACGGGAAAAUCCUCUCCGGUUUUUUCCAACCGUGGUAGCGGCUUUGAUGGUGUCACAAACACUGUCUUAAAACAGUAGCUCAGGUGUUGAUGGCGUGUUACACACUACCACAAUUUCAGUGCUUAAUGCAGGUUUAAUAUCCUGCUUCCGCUUAAUAUUGAUAUCUUGCCUCAAUUUUGAAUUCAAUGUUGCAGCUUGCAUAGUCCGCCCCAGAAGAUCUUGACUCAACUCUGGGGGCAUCUUUUUAGAAUUCAACAUCACUUUUUCUGCUAAAUGAGCCAAUGCAACUGUUGAGCUUGAAAGAAUUGCUAACAUUUGUUGGGAUUGGAAAUCUCCCUGUUUUGAUUUCUGAGGCAAUACGGUCCAUAUUUCGGGGUUUACCCUUGGAACCCCAAGAAGUUUACAAUUAGCUGGUGUAAGAAAGGUUUUCCUUAAUUCUUCUAUCCUCUCUUUGGAUAAAACUGUUUUCCCCAAAAUUCGAAAAAGAAUUGGCCACGUUGACGUGCAAAUCCGGUCCAAAUUCAGGUUCAAGCUGACUUUCAUUUAAUAUAUCUAAGAGCUCAGGUAUCGGUCCAUCGUCAACGAGAAUGGAAUCAAUCACUUCUAUGAGCAGAUAUAUCAUCUCUGAAUACCUCAUUUAUUUUAAUAUUCCAAUAUUUACAAACCUUUCUCAUGCUGGAGCAAACUUUGCAUUGUGUCGUCAACAACGCCCACUGAAUUCCGUUGGCCAUUACUUUGUGUGCCCAGCAAUAUUUCUUUAAUUUGUCUAAUCUCAUUAGGAAGUGACUGAAGCUCAGCAAUAGCUUUUAAAUGAGAGGCCAAAAUUGACACCCAACUCUUGUUCGGUUUGGGAGGACCAGCGGUCACGCCAUCAGCACUAGUGAUUAUCAUAAUAAUAUAUGUUCAAGGAUGAUUUUUUUUUAAAAAGAUUUUCAAUGCUUUUUAAACUUCAUAAUGAGAGACUACGUCCUCUCAAAAAAAAUAAAUUUGAGGUAACUACGUUAUCCUCUUUCACUGGAGUGACUACGUCAUCUCCAUUCCUUUUAAAUUGUGCGACUACGUCGUCACAAAAGGAUGUAAAAAUUAUAUAGCUCUUUGCCUUUAGGUUUAAUAUAAUAGUAAACAUGUCUUACAGUUCAAAGCUGAUUUUUUAAAGAUUUUCAGUGCUUUUUAAACUUCAUAAUGAGAGACUACGUCCUCUCAAAAAAAAUAAAUUUGAGGUAACUAUGUUAUCCUCUUUCAUUGGAGUGACCACGUCAUCUCCAUUCCUUUUAAAUUGGCGACUACGUCGUCACAAAAGGAUGUAAACAUUAUAUAACUCUUUGCCCUUAGGUUUAAUAUAAUAGCAAACAUGGCUUACCUGUCCCCUUUGGAGGUUGAUGGCAUCUUCUUAAUUUGCACAAGGUUAAAUAUUCGGCGAAUUUGUCGAAAAUAUCACGAGCUAAAAUUUAGUGAUGUGAGCUGGGUCUGCAUCAAAAAGACUGUGAGGUGAUAUACUAGCCCGGGCAUGCAUGGCACACUUUUCUUUUUAUGUGUUUUAUAUAGAUGGGAGCUGGGCCUUGUCAGGAGACAACUACCAAUUGACUAAUACCGAUAGAUGGAGUAUACUGUAGGAUUAAUAUUAUCUACAAGUCUUUCACGUAUACACAUACUUAACUUGAAUUUUUAUUAAGCUAAUUUUAUUUGGCUCAAAAUAAAAAAAUGAUACCAUUAGAAAAGACUGAUCGUUCAUUUUUGACUCUUCGAAAAUGCAAAAGAUCAGAAUCUUUAGGAACAAAAAUUUCGGAUAAUCGUUAGUAUCCAUGUAUAUGAAUUUGGGAAUAUUUUGGAGACCAUCAUAACCCUGAAUUUACACAUUUAUACAUAAAAUUGCAAAAACACGGUGUGCUCAUUUUCAAAAUAAAAUUGCUCCCUUUAAAUCUUACGAUUAGCUAUACAUACAGCCUGUACACGUGAGAGGCCCACAUUGCACAUACAUAUGUUCAUAAAUAAGUACAUAAAUUUGAGCAUACUCACGCCAUAUGUAUGCAUUUCCUGCACCCACACUUUGCAUGAGUCAAACAAUGUGUCAAUCAGGAUGCAUUUGAAACAGAAAGGUUUUCUCCAUUUGGUGGAAAGAUAAUAAAACUUACUCAAAUAAACAGCGAGAUGAAAAUAAAGAUCUUAAAACAUGAAAAUACAACAAAUCUUAAAACAUCCGAUUUCUCGGGUAGAUCAGGUUACCCUUUUUGUUUCUUCAUUUCAUUCAUCACUUCCCGUUCGUGAGGAAUCUGUCGUUAAUCUCAGAGCUACAAGUUUUUGCACUUUUGCGAAAAAAAUAAGUACUUGCCAAGUUUCCUUACAGUUUUUUUGUUUUAAGAACUUAUCAAGUAAAUUAAAAUUCAUGUAAAAAAUUAAAUUUGCACAAGUUUCUAAAGACGCGUACAUACUCUAAAGUUUGUAGUGCAAACAUAUAUUUCCGCUAAAAAUUUUUAGCAAAAAUAAAUUGCAAAAGCGGAUUAUAUAGUUAAAAAUUUUCAACUUAUCUUAAUGCAAAAUGCAGUCCUACAUAGUUCGCAUGGACAGCACGUCUGCGAAAGAUUUACAGAGACAAAUGAUCCCCCAAGAAGAAAGCAACGAAACACAAAAAUCCAGCCGGAAGCGGAUAAAACACUGGAUCCGCAUUAUUCUCACCUUUCUCCUCGGCCACGUCGGUGUCGGAGCGUUGCUCGUACUUUACACGAUUUUGGGGGCAACAAUCUUCCUCGCGAUCGAGUCGCCUGUGUCGGAUAACACCGUCGCCGUGGAGAAGUUCCGGAACGCCACGGUUUUCCAGUUGUGGGAGGCCACGCAAAACUGGAACGUCAUUUACGCCGAGAAAUGGGAGAGUGAGGUUGACCAAAUUGUGAGGAAUUUCCAGAAUGAAUUUCUCCUCUUGGUGAAAGCGGGAUACGCCGGAAUGGCGAUGGAGGAAGAAAGAUGGACAUUUCCGAAAGCGGUGAUGUACUCGUUAAGCGUGUACACGACGAUUGGAAACAAUAAUCUUACCCCGAAAACGGAAGGUGGCAAGAUUUUUACAUGUUUGUACGCCUUGGCCGGGAUUCCACUUCUCUUGCUGUACAUGACAAACAUUGGGAAUUUAUUGGCGCAGAGUUUUAUUGAGUUUUACUUAAGUUUGGACAGGUGUCACGAGAGGAUAGCAGCAGCUCGUAAACCGGAAGUUAGGAAACCUGACCCCAAAGAUAACCUUGCAACGCAAGAUAAGCUGCCCACCAAGACGACACCAAAACCUUCCCACCAUGAUGCUACCAAGAAGUCGCCCAUUUCUAAAUCAGUGGUGGCGAACACGGUACCGAUCUCAACUUGCCUCACUCUCUUCUUAAUGUACAUCCUCCUCGGGUCGGCCGUAUUUUCCGCGUGGGAGGGCUGGGGUCUUGUCGACGGGGCGUAUUCCUGUUUCGUCGCCCUCGUGACGAUCGGAUUUGGUGAGCUGGGGACGGGUGGUCAUGGUGGUUUCCGGGGACGUUGGGUGGACGGUCAGCUCGUCAUCUUGUCGAUCUACAUCCUCCUUGGGAUGGGAAUUAUCAGCAUGCUGUUUCACCUCACGCAGGAGAGGUUCUUCACCAUGGCGAAAAAACUGGGCAAAGUGUUGCACAUGAUUUGAAAUAAUGAGCGACAACGCACAAGGAAGAUUUCGUGUGUACAUAUGACAUAUAUCUGUAAUGUCCAUCUGCAGAAACUCACAAAUUUUUGUGCGCUGAUUUUGGCAGUAUUUUUUAUUUACUUUUAUCGUAAACAUUUGUAACUUUACGGAUUUUAUGGUGUUUACGGAAGUCUCAUGAGUUCCCACAGGGUAAAGUAUUCCUGGAUGGUUGACGAUGUGCAUAAAUAAUUGUGUUAGGGAUAACAUUCGAAAUGCGCAUGCAGUUAUCUUAUAAAAGUUAUAAAAACUUGUAUCCAAGUAGAUUAAUGAAUUGUGUAUAUUUGUGUGCAUGUAAAUGGCUGCCACAUUACUGAAAAAGUCUCAAUUACAGGUAAUGAUCCUUGUAAAUAUUUACAUAACUGAAGUACAUAUUCAACAUCGCGAAAUAAAUAUGUAAAUAUGAUGGUCUUGGAAAUUACGUUUGUCAAUAGAUAAUUCAGUUCGUUGUUAUUAAAUUACUUCCUUCCUCUCCAAAUAUUCAGCAUGAUCAGUUAUUCGAUAAAAUAGGUAUACAUUGUCACAAAUAUUAAUUUCGAUCUCAUGUUACACGGCAAUUGUAUAACAUUUGAAAAAUGUUUACAAGAUAAUUACGUACUUCCGAAACAUAAUUUGUUGAGCGUGUUAAAUGUAUAGCGAGUACAAUGAGUGUUGACCUCACAAAAUAGACAUAAAAUCUGGACGAAUUUUUUUUCUGAACGAUAGACUUUCUUGUGCUGCGUCAAACUCUAUUUAAUUAUUUCCCUGUCGGUGCAAUAUUACAAAACAAUGAAUUUGUACAAGAAGAAGGAUAGCGUCUUCAAAAUUCUCUUGUUCGCUGGGCUUUCACUUUAUUUGGUGGGAGACAAUUUCGUAGAAAGCCAGACAUCUGAAGCCCCUUCGAGUAUUUCGGAUAUGUUGCAAUCCCUGCAAAACCAAUUCGACCAAUUUAGCAAAAAUCGGUGUAAGUUCAAAUAAACCUAAUGGGCCACCUCACGAUAAUGUCUUUCAUCGCAACUCAUUUAAACAAUGCAAUCUACAUACAUACAUAUUUAAAUAUGUAUGUAGCUAAGCGUAAUGCAUUUUGCUAAGCAUAAUGUUUUGAAAAAUUUCGCAAAUCUACAUACAUACAUAUGUAUGCUUAAUGUUCGAGAUUUGCGAGUCACGCGAAAAUUGUCGUGAGUAUGUCCAAUAUCUUGUUUGGUUUUACGCUUUGGUUUUAAGGUACUUUGACACCUUUAAUGCUACCAAGUUAUGAAAUAAUUGCCUUAUUUUAUGCAAGUACAGCCAGAAAUGCCAUACUACUGGCUGAUCUGACCAAACAAGUAACCAACCUCAACAACCAGGUUACUUCUCUUCGUGGACAAUCUACCCAAACGCAGAAAAAUGUUCAGUCUCUUCAAAAUCAAGUUGGCAAUAAUUCUGUGAGGAUUUCCGCAUUGGAAGAUAAUUCUAGAGCAACAACUUCGACUCCAGAUUCGACCGGACAAAAUAAUUUGGACGACAGAGUGACCACUUUGGAGGGAAAGAUGGAUCAAGUCUUGGAGAAAUUGAAUGCGACCAUGCAACGUGGAAAUGGGAGUUGGUCUAAUAAUUGGAAAAAAGGGUGGGGGCACAAGGCCGCAACGUGCACUUGUAAUUGUGGAAGGAAAAAUUUCGGAUAAAGAUGACGAAUCAGUUCGGAGCUGAAAUUGGGGAAAUUGGUUUUCAUAGAUAUUUACCUAAUCAUGUUUUAUCGGCAAUUAGGAUAUGGAUAUUAAAUUGAUAAUAAAUUUGUGAGUUUUUUUAUUAACUGCAAAA